CAACUGCGUCCAGGAAGGCUAAAUUAUGGUUUACACGUGCGAAUAUCAAGAAUGUGGGAGUUCAGAGGCACAAAUGAAAAAAACGACAUCAAACAUCUUGAUCUUGUUCUCAUAGAUCAAAAGGGUUGUUGACAAUCCCUACAUGGUCAAGCUCAACAAAAGGACUGUUGUCGUUGAAGAUAAAGAUGAAGUUUCAGGUUUUCCUAAAUAUACUUUCUCACUAAUUCCAUUGGAUAAGCUGGAGCAAUACAAGAACAAGACCGAUCGUUUUAUAGAUGUUAUUGCGAAGAUCAAAGCAGUCACAAAUGCAACAAAGGUUACUACAGCUUCAGGGGAUCAGCAAAUGAGAAGAGUUAUACUUUUAGAAGAUCUUAAGGGCAAUACGAUUGAGUUGUCACUAUCAGGGAAAAGAGCUUUGGAAUUUGACGGAGAACAAGUUAUACAUGUGGGUCAACAUCAUCAUGUUAUUGCAAUAUUUGUAGGAACCUUAGUCAAGCUCUACAAAGGUCACUAUCCAUUUCUGAGUGGAACUUCAGCAUGUCGUUGGUACAUCAACGAAAAUGACAUUGCCGAAAUCAAAAUUUUUCAGAAAAGUUUGCCAAGUGAUCCUAUACCUGUACAAAAGACGUAUCUCCAAACUGAUGCCGAUGCAGCACAAAAAUUUGAAGACAGAACCCUACAAGAGCUCAAGCAUGUAGACCCUUUCCUUGACAUGGGACAAAGAUAUCAGUGCACAGCUACUAUUAUUGGAAUCACAGAAAAUCAAACAUGGUGUUAUAGAGCUUGCAAGAUCUGCAACUCAAGGAUGAUUCAAAAAGAAAAUAAUUAUGAAUGCGCAAAGGAAGGGUGUCCAUCUUCACAAUUUGAAUGGAAGUACAAAAUACCAUUUAUUGCAAGUGAUCACACCUAUAAGCUAGAAUUUAUGUUCUUUGAGAAAAAAGGAAUGGAGCUUAUAGGAAAAAGUGCAUCAACUCUUAUUAAGCAAUAUAAACCAAAGGAGAUACCACUAGAGAUAUCAGCUUGGAUAGGCUACAAAUUUACUUUCAUUGUAAGAGUGCUAUCAAAAAAAAGUGUUAACGCUGCUGAUCCAUCCUUUGAAGUGCUUAUGAUAAAAGAAAGAUUUGGAAAGGAGCCUAUUACAUCAUUUACCAGCUCAAAUGAAGGUGUCCCAGCAGAAUCCUCUUCCUCUUUUAUCACAGAAUUCAAGGAUUUACCAUUGCUGAUUCCAAUUACUUCUAAAGACACAAAAGAACGACUCACGGACUAUUCACAGGUAGAAACCGCUGGAGAAACUCAAGAUAUGGAGAUUGAACCAUUUGGCAUUUGGGAAGAAGCUCAGAGCUCAAACAAAAGAAGCUUUGGAGAGCUAGACAAUCAUAACCAGGAAAUCAACGAUAAUAAUGAAGAUCCUUCCGAAGAUAACACAACCAAAAGGAUGCGCUCACAAGAAAAAAGCAAAAAUUGAAGUCUGAUAUAAUUCAAGGAAGUAGCUAUAGGAGGCCUUUUGACGAGUAGUUUAACCAUAUGGCAUGUCUUUUGUUGUUGCGCGCCAACAAUACCACUCUUUUGAUGUCUAUAUGCAUGUGCAUAGCUACAUGAUAAGACAUGAGAAGCACUGAUG